GCGUUGCACUUUCCGUCAGUCGGUUGUCAACAUUCAGUUCGAUCAGACUCAUUAGGUUAAUUUUAGUUAACAAAGAUAUUAGUUUUAUUUUCCAAAAGUACAACAAACAAAAUUAAUUAAAAUGACAACAUUUAAGCAAGUUCCUCUUACAUGUGGUGGCCAUACUAGACCAGUGGUGCAUUUGGACUUUAGUGACGUUACCAAGGAUGGGUAUUACCUGAUUUCUGCCUGCAAAGAUGGCAAGCCCAUGUUGCGGCAAGGUGAGACAGGUGACUGGAUUGGCACCUUCGAGGGGCACAAAGGAGCCGUGUGGGGCGUAGCCCUGACUCAAAACGCUAACUUGGCGGCCAGCGGCGCUGCUGACUUCUCAGCGAAACUCUGGGACGCGCGUUACGGCGAGGUGGUCCACACGUUCGACCACGACCACAUAGUGAAGAGCGUAAACUUCAAUGCUGACGACUCUCUUCUUCUUACUGCGAGCAACGAGAAACUCAUCCGGGUGUUCGAUCUGAACAAGCCUGAGGCUGGCCCCGUUGAAAAAUUCAGCGCCCACACCAGCAGUAUCCGCCACGCUGUGUUUCUUCACAACUCUCGCAUCGCCAGCGUCAGCGACGACCUCACUAUGCGCGUCUGGGACAGGACGUCUGGCCAGGAGGUGAACAAAAUCGAGUUUACUUCAAUUCCAAAUAGUUUAGAGCUGUCAAGAGAUGGCGCCAUUUUGACAGUAGCACAUGGUACUAAUGUGUCGUUCUACUCGACGGACACAAUGCGUAAGAUGCGCGAAGUGGCCGUCCCGACCAAGUGCUACUCCGCCUCGCUGGCCCCCUCGCGAGCCACCUUCGUGUGCGGCGGCGAGGACCUCAAGGUCUACAAGUUCGACUACAACACGGGCACCGAACUAGAGUGUAAUAAAGGCCAUUUCGGUCCGGUGCACUGCGUGCGGUGGUCGCCGGACGGCGAGCUGUACGCCACCGGGUCCGAGGACGGCACCGUGCGACUGUGGCAGGGUGUGCCCGGGCGCGUGUACGGGCUGUGGCGGCGCAGCAACGAGACCGCGGCCAUCACCAACGGCUUCAAGGAGGUCGCCGCCAACUGACACACGGACACCUGUCUGCAGGAUUUUGAGAGGCAGUGAGAGUGCAAACAAAAUUGUGCCUGGUGUUAUCGCUCGGCGUUGUCACAGGCAAGCGUUACCGUUACGUUUCGAGGAGGCUAGUUGUAGGGUCCGUUGCACCAAAUCGUCUUUCUCCUUUAAAACGUUUGUCAAAUGGGGUUGGCAACUGUCAAAGGUUUGCAUAGAUGGCGCCAUCAUAGCUUGCCCCUUUGUCUAUGAGAUUUGGCUUAAAGGGCUGGCAUCCAGGGCAUAAAAUUCCAUUAAACAAACAAUAAUUGGCACAAUUGGAUUGACAGAUGGUGGCGCCAUCUGCUAAAUACUCCGACCGGCCAACCCCAUGGUAUUGUACGGGAAUUUGUGAGUGGCGUUCAUCAGUACGUCAAUCUUGGUUGGUGCAACUGGCCCCUAGCCCGAAUCAAGACUAUAUUCGUAACAAAAUGUCAAACUUUUGUGUUGUCCCUUUUUUCAACACUUUUUUUUAUAUACUCAAACCCAACGUAUUUAUUGUAAAAAGAAGGAAACUAAAUAGACUUGAUAUGCAACAAAAUAAAGUGAUUUGUACAUAAUAAGCUUUUAUAUUUGCGUUUAGAAAUGAUAGUUUAAUAAAACAACAUUUUUAAAACAAAA